AUGGCGGCUCCGGCCUCUACCGAAGCUCCCUCGAUGACUAGCCAGUCAUCGACGGCUGGUCAGCCAACCCGUUCUGCCAGCACUCACCCGUCACAUUCCCACAACGUGCCCUUAAGCGCUCGUAGAUCAGAACCGCUGGAUUUAACAACUGUCGAGCGCCGCGGUCUACCCAAUGCCCCCCGUGAACCAAACAAGCGCGUUCGUCCCCAUGGCUUGCCCGAGGCUCCAACAUUUCGUCCCACAGAAGAAGAAUUCAAGGACCCCGUGGCAUAUAUUCAGAAGAUUGCGCCUGAAGGACGGAAAUAUGGUAUCUGUAGAGUUAUUCCACCAGAUAAUUGGCAACCAACUUUCGCGAUUGACACAGAGGUAUUGUACCCUUCUUUUGAUCUUACUGCUGAUUUGAUAAGCCCUGCUGAAACGGGAUUUCGCAUGGAAAAUGCCAUGCAGCUGCUUUGUUUUCGAUUCCAUUUCAAGACUCGUCGGCAGGAACUAAAUUCAGUCGAAGGAGGAAAUCGCGCCAAUAUGAACUAUAUCGAUGGUCUGGCCAUGUUUCACAAGCAGCACGGGACUAAUUACAGCCGCUUACCCAGUGUUGACAAACGCCCUCUGGACCUCUAUAAGCUAAAAAAGGCGGUGGAAAUACGAGGAGGGUUUGAUUCAGUCUGCAAGACCAAAAAAUGGGCAGAAAUUGGACGUGACCUCGGCUAUAGUGGCAAGAUCAUGUCCUCUUUGUCGACUUCGCUCAAAAAUUCCUACCAACGCUACCUACAGCCUUAUGAAGAGUACCUUGCUCGCGCUAAGCCCGGAGUGCAACAACAACUUGAACUCGAAAAUGGCGGCCCAUACACCCCUUCUCCACGCGACUCCCCCUUAAACAAGAAGUCCAUAGUAGACGAAAUUGGAACCCCUUCCAAGACCCGCGAGGCAACUCCGACAAUGCGCAUGGCGCCACUACCGACUCUGAAUACUCCGAUGGAGAAGCUUCCUGACCAGCCCGCUUCGUCUGUUGAGCCUACACCCCCUCCACGGCCUACACCAACAGGAUUUACUACUGUCAACGCCGGCGGUGUAGCUGGGUUUACUGCUGUUAAUCAUUCGCCUGCAUUCACACCACUGAACCUUGGUCCAAAUAUCAAGAACGAGACAGAGAAUGGAACUGCGACGCCUAAGAGCGUGUCGGAACACCCUGAGACCCCUGUCACAAAUGGCCAUAGUGAAGGAUCUUUUAAGCGUUCUAUUAGCCACGAGAGUACUUCACAAGGCGAAAAUGGUGAUGAUGGGGGCAGCGGGCGGCGUAGCAAGCGCCUUAAGAAAGAUGCGCCUCCAACUGUUGCAGGGUCACAUAUGUCUUUGCUACGCCCUGCACCACCUAAGGCUCGAAAAGACGGUGUACAGCAAGCUAGUGAGAAAUGCGAGGCAUGCGGCAAACCCGACGAUCUGUCAUCAAUUCUUGUAUGUGAUAGCUGUGAACUUGGAUAUCAUGCUAGCUGCCUAGACCCGUCUACUGCAGCUGCUUCCGAAUUCGAUUGGCACUGUCCCAAGUGCCUGGUAGGCACGGGUGAGUUUGGAUUUGAAGAUGGUGGUGUGUACUCUCUGAGGCAAUUCCAAGAAAAGGCCAACGAAUUCAAGAAGCGAUAUUUCGCUUCUAAAAUGCCAUUUGACCCAGUUCUCAACACUCAUCGACGUGAGACCGAGGAUGAUGUGGAGGCUGAGUUUUGGAAACUUGUCGUCGACCUGCAUGAAACUGUGGAAGUUGAAUACGGUGCAGAUAUUCACUCUACAACGCAUGGAAGUGGAUUCCCCACUAUCGAACGCAAUCCCCUUGACUCUUAUUCGUCCGAUCCUUGGAAUUUGAAUGUUCUCCCAUUCUAUGGGGAUUCACUUUUCCGCCACAUCAAAUCUGAUAUCUCUGGCAUGACUGUCCCUUGGGUUUACGUGGGAAUGUGUUUUUCUACUUUUUGCUGGCACAAUGAGGAUCAUUACGCCUAUUCUGCUAACUACCAGCAUUUCGGCGCAACCAAGACAUGGUAUGGAAUUCCUGGCGCAGAUGCCGAGGCAUUUGAAAAUGCUAUGCGGGAGGCGGUCCCCGAGUUGUUUGAAGGCCAGCCGGACCUGCUAUUCCAGCUUGUGACAUUGAUGCCACCUGACAAGCUGCGGAAGGCUGGUGUUAACGUCUAUGCAUUAGAUCAACGAGCUGGACAGUUUGUUCUCACAUUUCCCCAGGCUUACCACGCUGGUUUCAACCAUGGAUUUAACUUUAACGAGGCCGUGAACUUUGCACCGGCAGACUGGGAGCCAUGGGGAGCUGCAGGCGUCGAACGCCUGCAGACCUUCCGCCGGCACCCUUGUUUCUCCCAUGACGAGUUACUCUUCACGGCUGCUGCUCGAGACACCACUAUCACGACAGCAAAAUGGCUAGCACCUGCCCUGGAGCGGUCCUGCAAUCGAGAGCUUAACUACCGCGCAGCAUUUCUCGCUCGUCACCGGGAUAUCUCUCCUCAUAACUGCCGCCUUGGCACCGAUGAAACAGGUGAAUGUCAGCUAAAAUUUUUGGUGGAGGAGGAAGAUCUUCCGGAAGAUGAUUACCAAUGCCAGUACUGCAAAGCGUACACUUACCUUACCCAGUUUCGUUGCCACAAGUCAGGCAGGACCACAUGUCUACUACAUGUGGAGGCCUUUGACUGCUGUGGUGAAUCUUUUUCACAGAAAUUACUUGGUUCGGGUCACACCCUGCGCUACCGUGUGAGUGAUGGAGAUCUCAAGUCAUUAGUGCGAAAGAUCCAGGAAAGAGCCAACAUUCCAGGAAUUUGGGGUGAGAAGCUCAACAAGACCUUGGAGGAUGAGCCAAGGCCCCAGCUGAAGGCUCUCCACAGUUUGCUCAGUGAAGGUGAGAAAAUCCCAUACCACCUGCCUGGCCUCCAAGAUCUUGCGGCCUUCGUCCAGCGCUGCGAUAAAUGGGUUGAAGAAGCGAACAACUACAUUACCCGGAAGCAACAAAACCGCAGAAAAAAUGAGAAGGCAUGGCGUAAGACCAGCACCAAGGCGGCGCAGCUGGACGAUCGCGACCGUGAAGUCCGCAGACUGGAGAAUAUCUAUGCCCUUCUGGCAGAGGCUGAUAAACUUUCCUUCGACUGUCCACAGAUGGCUGCCUUGGAAGAGAAAACCCGCGAAAUCGAGAAAUUCCGCCAGGACGUUAAUGCGGCCCGGAUGAAUCCCCAUGUACGAUCGGUCCAGGAAAUCGAAGAACUUGUUGAAGCCGGCCGAAAUUUCAACAUCGAAAUCCCUGAAGUUGAACAAUUGGAGCAGAAACUGCGACAAAUGAAAUGGUCUGAUGAUGCUGCUCGCAAGCGGGAACAAUUUCUUACUCUUGCCAAUUGCUUGGAACUUGUUGCCGCUGGAGAAAAACUAGGUCUCUCUGAUACUAACGAGAAUUUACUUCACCUGAAAGAACUCGGUCGACAUGGUGAGGCCUGGGAGGCCAAGGCCCAGGAAUUAAUGUCAGUGGAAGCUGUGCAUUACCAGCAGCUGGAAGCUCUCUCAGCACAAGCAUCUCGCUUUCCAGUCAAUCCCGAAACUCUAGCUGCCGUAGACGCAAUUCUGAAUAAGCAGCGAGAAGCACAGAAACGAAUCCAGACGCUCUAUGAGAAAAGCAAGGAUCCUGAUCUGCGCAACCGACCCAAGUACAAGGAUGUUCGUGAGCUCACAGAAUCUCUGGAGCAACUGAAUAGUCGACCAAUUGGUGCCGUCGACCUGGAGCGUGAACAGAAGCGUCACGAAGACUGGAUGAGAAAGGGCAAGAAAUUGUUUGGCAAGGCGAAUGCACCCCUGCAUAUAUUGAAGUCUCAUAUGGAGUACGUGGAAAAGCGGAACUCCUAUUGCUUUGAUUUGGAUGACAGCUACCGGCCUCCCGUUGAACCUUCUUCUCGGGAUAAUACACCAGAUGGGCUGCUUGAGAAUCCCAACCCCAACAAUGUAUGGGGUCCCAAGUCGCGGAAGCGGGAUGUCUUUUGUAUCUGCCGACGUUCAGAGGCAGGCAUGAUGAUUGAAUGCGAAGUAUGCCAUGAGUGGUACCACGGUAAAUGCCUAAAGAUCGCGCGUGGUAAGGUCAAGGAAUUUGACAAAUACACUUGUCCCAUCUGUGACUGGCGCCAGAAGAUUCCUCGUGACGCAGCUCGCCCCAAGCUCGAAGAUCUGCAGGACUGGCAAGCAGAAAUUGCAACUCUGCCUUUCCAGCCGGAUGAGGAAGAGGUGUUGGAUAGCAUCGUCAGCCAGGCUACUGCUUUUCGAGAUUUCUUGCAAGGUUUUACGAAUGCCACCUGUACGACCACCGAGGAAGUGCCGACAUUGAUUUUCUAUUUGCGAAAGAUAGAAGGCGCCGAAGUCCUUUUGGCUUAUGAGACCAAUUUUUUUCGCCAGGAAAUUCACAAAUGGGCGCCGGUCGCUCCAGAGGCUCCACCGAUUUUGGAGCAGUCUCUGUCAACACGAAAGCCUCGUCCGACUAAGCAGCAAAAGAUCAUGGCACAGCUUGGUGUUGAACGCCCUGAGGACCUUCCGGAGCAUCUUCGCGCGAAAAUCGUCACGCCAAAGCGGAAAUCAAUCGAUGCUCAGGCUCAAGGAAGCCGAACUACAUCACUACAGCCUGCACCGGAAAAUGCAACUUCAAACGCUCCACCUACUACCGGACCAACGCUGACUCCUAUGACUGACUCGAACCCCACCUCAUAUCCCUUCUCUGCCAAUUAUUCCUUACCUGCCAGCGAUUCAACGCCUGCGUUUGCCCCUACAUCUACUCCAUUUUUACCACAUGCUGCUGCUGCAUCCCAGUCUCCAACUUUCUUAGCUCAAUCUACAACACCUCAGCAAAAAAUGGAGCCUUCUUUCUUCAGUCCGGACCGCUUUGAUGCCGAUCCCCAAUUUGCCAGCAGUAGUCCUCGGCAAAACUUCGAUGAUGUAUUUGCAGAGAUGACUAAUGACGAAUUUGUUGAGCCUGAACCCGAGACUAUGGAGAAUACACAUGCAAACGAUGCGAUGGAAAAUACACAUGCAAAUGAGGCCCUUGAAGCAUUGAAUGCCAGUAAUGGCAGCAGUCGAGCUGCCUCAAUUCAUGAAGACCCGACUCUAAGUGUCAAUGCCCAAAAUGGUAGUCAAGAAGAACCCAAUGCGAAGGAGAACGACGAGGAGGAAGAGGAACUUUGA